AUGAAGUCCGUUUCCGGUGUUGCUUUCGCCCUCCUGGCCGCGACCUCCCUGGUCGCCGCCGAAAUGUCCAGCCAGGACUGCGCUCAAAUGUGUAUCAGCAACAUGAACAAUAAGGCCCAGGAGCUGGGAUGCAGCUCUGACGACAAGUCUUGCCUGUGCAAUAAGAUGGAUUACAUGUAUGGUGUCCGCGACUGUACUGCUGAGGCUUGCCCCGAGUACAACGUCGACUCUGUGCUCCAAAUGGCUUUGUCUGGCUGUCCCGCUGGCUCUGGCUUCGGCUACGGUACUGGCGCUACCGGCACUGGUGCCUCUGGCAACGGCGCUUCCAGCACCUCUGCCUCGAGCUCCACAACUCCCACUAGCUCUGAUAGCAGUUCUGCUAGCACUGAGUCUGGGGACAUGACUUCUACCAGUAUGGGUAUGGGUGCUGGUGCCGGUGGUGUUGGCUCGUCCACCAUUGUCACUUCGGGAACUGCGACAAACACCGCGACCAACACUUUCACCAACACCGUGACCGAGACUCUGACCGACGCCUCCGGAAGCCCAACUGCUACCCUCACUCAGACCCUGACCGGCACUGCGACCGGCACUGCGACGGGUAUCGUAUCUGGCACCUCGACCAUGACUGAUGCUUCUACUGGCAGCGGCACCACCCUCACCACCAUGACCAUGACCUCCGGCACUAUGGUCUCCACCUCCGUCAGCACCAUCAGUGGCUCGAACUCCGACUCCAAUGCGCAGAGCACCAGUGCUGGCGACAACAGCGCUCCGGCCAGCAGCACCAGCUCCGGUGCCGCCUACCCCAUGGCCACCGUUGGCUCUGGUGCUAUGGGUGUUCUGGGCUUGGCUGCUAUGCUCAUUCUGUAA